AUGGAGGGACAAAGUCUUCUAGAUUGGGCCAAGAGAAUCGAAUACAAACCUGGUUCAGGGAGUAUGCCUUUAUUUCCUAGCAUCCACCUGGAAACUUGUGAUGGGCCUGUUUCCUCCAUCCAGAUAACCACAGAACUACAGACCAAUUAUAUUGGGAAGGGAUGUGAUCGAGAGACAUACUCAGAAAAAUCUCUUCAGAAAUUAUGUGGAGCUUCUUCAGGAGCCAUAGACCUCUUGCCUUCUCCCAGUGCAGCCACCAACUGGACAGUCGGACUUCUGGUAGACAAUAAUGACAUGAUAUUCAAAUUUGAUGGCAAGCAAGGUGCAAAGAUUCCAGAUGGGAUUGUCCCCAAGAAUUUAACAGACCAGUUCACAAUCACCAUGUGGAUGAAACAUGGUCCAAGCCCUGGAGUGAGAGCAGAAAAAGAAACCAUUCUCUGCAAUUCAGAUAAAACUGAAAUGAACCGACAUCACUAUGCCCUCUAUGUGCAUAACUGCCGCCUUGUAUUCCUUUUGCGGAAGGACUUUGACCAAGCAGAUACCUUUCGACCAGCAGAAUUCCACUGGAAGCUGGAUCAGGUAUUUAUUACCUUCUUCUUUGUCGAUAUCUUGACUCUGUUAAAGUUCCCACAUUGGUCUAGUUUGCACCAGUGA